AUGAUCCUUAAUAGAAAUCAAAUUCAACACUUUGGGAGCAUACCGUGGACCGUUUUGGAAAAUGUGCGUUCAGGAACGGAACUUAAGACUAUUUUCGCAAAAUCUCAAUUUGACCUGGGCAAAUAUUCCUUACUUUUAACCGACUUGUGCAGUGUGUGGUUUGAAGAGUUAGAUGUGAUGGGAAUAAAAGAACGGGGAAAGAAAGUUAUUUGUGGAUUGGACGUAGAACAAGAAGAUAGAUUAAGCCAAUUAAUUGAGCAUUUAAAGAGUUUCGUACAGCAGAGACAGAAUCGCGUCAUAUAUACUGCUGAAAAUACUGAUGACAAGUUUACCUUGAGAGCCGUUAUCGCGUUAGAUUUGGCAUCCAUUCAAUGGGAAUUCGCUUGUGAAUUGGUGCAAUCCUACGGCCCUGCGUCUGAAACACAUGUUGACGGAAGCACCAUUCUUUAUGAGCAUUAUAUUCUCCCAAUGACGACGCUGACAUUAUCAUAUAAGAGACAAACAAGGACGUUAGAAGGAAUUAUUGAAGAGAAGCAAAACGAGAUCAACGAAGCUGUUGAUAUGAUGAAGAAGGCUGGCUUGGCGGUAAAUGCACGAAAGCGCAGAACAGCCCCGUUCAACGCAAAUGAAACAACCGAGUCGGAGAAAAAGGUGCAUUGGAUUAAUCAAAACUUGGCCCGAUUAAGUCGUUGA